ACCUGACAAUGGGGCAAAAAUUUACAUUGCAUGGCAAUCUAUUCUAUAUUUCGUCGGUGAUCUACAUAUGCAAAAAUAUUUAUUUACAUUGAAACGCUAUGAGAGCUAUCUAUCAAGUAAAAGAACAAGUAGAUUUAUCUGUAUGAUAAAGUAUGAGUUGAGUCAUAUUUGCAUUUUGUAAUUAGUGUAGUUAAUUACUACGUAUUUAAUGAUAAUAAAAGUUUAAUUAAUUGAACGCGAUGGUUCCUGACGAUUUUGAAUCUAUUAUCCAAUGGCACCCUGAAAUGAUAUUGGUUUGUGAGGCUCCAAUCACUUGGCAAGGAUUUUUGACAGUUUUUUGUCGAUCUAAUUUUGGUCGUAAUAUUCGAAUUAAAUUAAAGCUGAUAGUACCAAAUUAUCCAUCCUUACAAAAUGCAAACAUUACUUUUGGUAAAGAAAUUACACUUAUACGUGAUAUCCAUUUCAGUGAACAAGUGAGGAAUUUAAUGUUAAAUGAAACAAAAAUUUCGUUUUUCUUAAGACAUUUGCAGUCCCUUAUAAGCAAUUUUAUUGAUGCUGCUUACAUUGAAGAGAACACGUAUGAAGUAUUAGAUAACAAUGCACAGGAUAUAUUGCAAGAAUUAAAAGAAGUUCUUGAAAUACCAUCUAAAGUUCAAUUGUUAUCUGACACAUAUUUAAAUAUCAUCAAAUUAUCUUUGAACAAUGUGUGUAUAAAAUUACAAAGAACAAAGUGCACAGCAAGUCCAUGGGAUGUCAUUUAUUCCGACUUGCCAGAAAUUCCUAGCUUUGGACCUUUUAAAAAGAAUUUAUCGACAUUGAUGAUAGCACGAAAUAAAUUCAAAUUACAAGUGGAAAUGCUUGAAGCAACUUGGUUAAAUCUACAACAAAUUGAUAAGCACUGUUGGGUACUAGAUCCAUUACAACCAAAACCUUGCCAUCUUUAUCGGCGAAUUUUUUUAACACAAGCACUAUCUAUGUUUAUAAAAAUAGAUCCUCUAUAUUCUAGGGAUUUACCUGAAAUUAAAUUUAUGGGUAGUGAGACAGAAGUUGAAUUACAAAGGGAUUUAAUGUCUAAAAAUGUUCAUAAUUGGAAUCCAAAUUAUAAUAUUGUAGAGAACUUAAUGAUGUUAUUAAAUAUAGAUAUAUUUCCUAAAGAAGUGAAACAAGAAUAUAUAAAAGAUGAAAAUGCUAUUGUCACUGAUAAGGAAUGUUGUAUUUGUUAUUCUAUGGUAUUAGAUAAUGAAAUUUUACCUGAUAAAAUUUGCAAUAAUGAAAAAUGUAGAAGACAUUUUCAUACACCUUGUUUAUUACAAUGGCUACAAGCUGUUCCUGGUAAUCAUAGUGUAUUUGGUCAUAUUCAUGGUACCUGUCCACACUGUGAGGAAAAUAUAUCAUGUUACAUUAAAUAACUUUUUAUUUGACAGCUUAUUUAUUCAAACACAUGUAUACAUUUGUAAUCCAUUUCAUUUGUCCAUUGUUUAAUAGAGUUGUCAAAUUCUUGAGAACCACAUAUUAAAACCAAUGUUGUAUCGCUUGUAUUGUCUCUAAGAAUUUGGUGGACUGACGCUUCAUUUAAAUGACCACAUUUUAUAUUUAUACCAUGAAGAUUAUGAAUUUCAUCUGAAACAUACAUGAUAGAUAUUUUUUAUCACUUAAGUAGGAACGUACUUUUAGUAUCAUUAAUUGGAAACUAAAGAUUUAUACUAAAAAAAUAUAGUUACAAUUUUGGCAAUUGUAUUUAAUUAGUAAUUAGAUGAUAACUUAAAUAAUAUUUACAUCAUGUAACAUACUUUGCAAUUGUGAUAUAUACAGUGUACAUUUGAAAUUCCAAUAAUCAGAGAAAAUUUGCAAUUCUUUUUUCAAAGGAACUUGUGACAUCUUUUGAAAACACCCAAUGAAAUGAAUCCUUGUCUCUUCAAGUUCAUUGUCUAUAAUUGAUUUUGCUACAGGAUACAUUGCAGUUAUUCCAGAUCCCAUACAAAACAUAAUUAUAUUCUGAAAACUAAAAAAUAUUAUCACAACAUUUAAAUAACUAUAUGUUAUUUUUUAAUGGCAUGUAAAUAUUUUUUACUACAUUAGUCUUAAAUCUUUAUAUUUAUAAAAAUGUAGAAAUAAAAAUAUUUACAAAGCACUAUUUUCAAACCUGUUACAUUUAUAUUUGAAGUUUCCAUAUGGUCCUCUGAUACGAAUUUCAUCACCUAUUUUUGCAUGUCUUAUACAUGUACUAAAUUUUCCAUUAUCAUAAAGCCUAAUCAAAAAUUGAAUAUUAUCGUCUGUAAAAUGGAUUGGAGUAAAUGAUCUAGUUGCUUCUUGUAAGUGUAACAUUACAUGAUGUCCUGGUUUAAUUAAUAAUUUUACAU